AUGGCGGAGACAAUCAGAAAGAUGCAAGCAGACAUGGAUGCUCAGAAAGAAGCAUGGAGGUCGGAGAGGGAGACAUUACAAUCUGAGAAUCAGGCAUUACGCAGAACCAGAACUACGACAAGGCAAACAUUGGCAAGUGGGGCUAGGCGUCUGAACAUGGACGAUGGAGAUGAAGAAGAGUGUGACGAGGAGAUUGAAAUGGAAAACCCUAAUCACGAGAAUCCAGAGGUCAACGAUGAACGUGAAAAUGAAAACGGUCUCGGGGGACAUAACGGAAGACAUGGACGUAACAAGAAGAGAAAGAAAGGACAUAAAUCUCCCAAAUCACGCAGCCACGCGACAGAACCUAUGUGGAAGGAAUUACAGGACCUGAAAGAAAUAGUGCAACGUAUCCCGGGAGUACCUAAACCCCUGGAGAAGGCUGCACCCUUAAGCUACGCAGAUUCCCCCUUCUGUGACAACAUAGCCAUGGUGGAAACGCCAAAACGCUUCGCGGUGUCACCCAUGAAAGCCUACGACGGCACGACCGAUCCACAAGAACAUGUGGCACAAUAUAAACAGAGGAUGUUUACUGUACCCAUCACGAGAGAACACCAAGAGCCAUGCAUGUGCAAGGGCUUUGGAUCAACACUCACAGGACCAGCGCUUCAGUGGUUUGUCGGCUUGCCCAACGGGAGCAUUAAGACGUUCGCAGAUCUGGUUGACGCCUUCAAUCUCCAAUUUGCUAGAAGUCGAGUAUUUGAGAAGACCACGAGUGACCUGUACAAGAUCGUGCAGAGGUAUAGAGAACCGCUUCGGGAGUAUUUGACGAGAUUCAACCAUGAAAAGGUCACGAUAACAAACUGUGACAUCCCCACGGCUAUAGAAGCCUUCCGAAGAGGUCUGGAACGGGAUUCACCACUUUACGACGAGCUGACGAAGUAUCCAUGUCAAACCAUGGAUGAUGUGCAGGCCAAGGCCAUGGCCCAAGUGAGAUUGGAGGAAGAUAAGCAAGUGGACGACGAUAAGUACUACUGUCCCAACAGGAAGAUCACGACAUCCAGGAUGCGGGACAACAGGCCUUACGCCAGGACAACGAGAGAGGACGUAAGGAUCAGUUCAACGCAAGAGAGAACAGACUGGAGGAAGGACCCCAACCUGCCGCCAACAUACGACAGCUAUGGCUUUACGCUAACGCCGUCAGCCUUGAUGAGAGAAUUCACCAAGAUGGGGGAUAUUGUGAAAUGGCCUCCCAAGACAAAUAAGCCAAAGUCGAACCCGGAUUCAAAGUUAUGGUGUGAUUUCCAUGGGGACUACGGACACCGCACCUAUGAUUGUGUGGCAUUGAGGAAAGAGCUACAAAUUUUAAUUAAGAAAGGAUACCUGAUCGAGUUCAUGACGGGAAGCAAGUCAGCGCAUACCGGAGAAGACUGGACAUCUCCAGGACACUUGCCUCCUCCACCACACCAAAAGGUGAUCAACUUCAUAGCUGGGGGAUCAGAACUAUCUGGCACAACGUACUCUCAGGCAAAACGCGUAGCAAGAGAAACCAACAUAAGAGUAUUCAGGGCAGAGAUUUCGGAUUUUAGGACGCCGGCUUUGACGUUCGACGAGUCUGACAGGGAACACGUCACGGAACCCCAACAUGACAGUCUCGUCAUCUCACUCACAGUUGGAAAUUGUUUCAUAAGGCGCAUUCUGGUUGAUAAUGGAAGUGCAACGAACAUUAUGAUGCUGGGAACGCUGCAACAAAUGGGCUUGACAGAAGCCGACAUGGUCAUGAAGACAACCACGCUAGUUGGAUUUAGUGGAGAAACUAAGAGGAUAGUCGGGGAGAUCACACUGCCAACAUAUGCACAAGGGUUGAAUCUCUUAACAAAGUAUGUGGUUAUGGAUGGAGAUUCAACAUACAACAUCAUCUUGGGGAGACCAUGGAUUCAUGACCUGAAGGCAGUCCCCUCCACCUAUCACCAAGUUAUCAAGUUCCCGACACCAUGGGGAAUUCAAGAAAUUCAGGGAGAUCAAAGCUUUAUCAACAAGAUGUCUCAGGUGCAGAUCAAUCAAACAAUGGAAAUCGGCAUCGACAAUAUGGAUUUGACAGACUUUGUGGCUGACUUCAGUCCAAGCCAACUACGACAAGAAGAGUAUGAACAUGUUAUGUCAAAAGUAAAAGCUCGAUCCCAGAAGACAGACGCCAAUGAGACGUCAGACAAGAACGGCACAGGACAGGGGCUUGCACUCAAGUCGCCACAGGGGGAUACAAUGGCUACAAUUCAUAAGUCUGCGGACGUGUGCGAAGCGCCCUGCUAUGACAAUGCAAUACUUGGACACGACAGCUUUUAG